GUGGGUGCUUUUGCUGCCCUCUCUGCAGGUGCUGUUCCAGCCACAGCCAUGUCCUGCUACGACCUGUGCCGGCCCUGCGGCCCCACCCCGCUGGCCAACAGCUGCAACGAGCCCUGUGUCCGGCAGUGCCAGGACUCCCGCGUGGUCAUCCAGCCCUCACCCGUGGUGGUCACCCUGCCCGGGCCCAUCCUCAGCUCCUUCCCCCAGAACACCGCCGUGGGAUCCUCCACCUCCGCCGCCGUGGGCAGCAUCCUGAGCGAGUCCGGGGUCCCCAUCAACUCGGGCGGCUUUGGGCUCUCGGGGCUCUCUGGCCUUGGUGGCCGCUACUGCGGCCGCAGGUGCCUGCCCUGCUAGAGCUGGGCCGGACGUCCAGCGAGUGCCUCCCCCAGGACGCCCCAAGCCAGGUGCCGCGCUGAGGCUGGAGCUGCUGGCCAGCG